CCCCUCUCAAUAAUUCUUCUUCAGGAUUUUUAGUUCUAAAAGUAAAUUUUAUCGAAAAAUAUUUUCCAUAAACUUACAAAACAAUAAUGGAUUUGUUAGAUGAUAUUUUGUCGUCCAUGGAUAAAAACCAACGUCCCGCAUUAAGUCAGCCUGAUAAAGUUAUUCAGAAGCGGUAUCAGGAGCAACAAAAAGUGGCAGAAAAGGAGCGCCAAAUUAUUAAUAAUUUCACAGUUAAAAUUCAGAAUAAACUCGCUGCCUUUUUAAAAGAUGAAAAGCUAGCUACAAUGCAGUUUGAGCCAAUGGAGAAAAUUUUCAGAUCAGUUAUCAUUGAGACAACAGAAGAAUCCAACAGCCAUUUAUACUGUCACACAUUUGGAAAAGAAGAUCGAUAUGUCAUCGUGUAUAAAAACCCACCGUCAGAACUAGAAAUAGAAGCUCGCCAUUAUGGGGAUUACACGAAGUGGAACAAAGAGAUUGAAGCAGAAUACAAGAAAAAGAAAGAAGAAUCUGCCUUAGCAAUGAUUCCAACUGCAUCAUCAUCAGAGCAAUCAGAAGGUCGAGAGCAACGAGAGCAAUCAAAGUCAAAAAAAACAAAACUUAUUCAUCUUGAAUGUGAAGCUUUAGGCACAGAUCUCAACAGAAACUACGGUAUGGUGUCCACUGAAUUGAAAAAGGAUACUCGUUCAAUUGAGCAAACUUUGAACGAUAUUCAACAAAAGAAACGCUUGAAAACUCAGCAUCAAAAUGACAACACUUAA